AUGGACAUAGUUACAGUUCAGAAGAAGACGCGAACAGAGGUUGUCACUGAGCAGAAAUGCUACAUUGAAGCGUUUAGUCAAUGGAAUGAGGAUGACCAAGUUUACUUUCUUUGCCAGUUGCUUUCCCGUAUGACACACGCACAGCACUCCCAGAUCAAUAGUCUCCUAGAGCCCCUACUUCAGUGUGAUAUUAUCACAGCCCUACCCUCCAGUGGUGUGUCAAACAUUUCUGCUGAUAUCCUUUCCUACCUCGAUGCAACCUCCCUGCUGGCCGUCGAAUUAGUAUCCAGAGGGUGGCAGAGAAUAGUUGUCCGCUACCAGCUCUGGCGUAAACUGAUCUCGCGGCGCAUUGAGUCUGAUCAUAUGUGGCGCGGACUCGCUGAGCGUCGCGGCUGGCUCUCCUUCAUCAGUUUGCCUGAUCCAACCGUCCUCUCUUCACUCCUGGAACAGCGUUUAUCCUUGUUAAACUGCGGGCAGGCACAGAAACGGGGCUUAGAGUUUUCAUCAAUCAAGCUCCUUCCCCAGCCUCAGCAACCGACUCCAUUUGGCGACAGCUGGAAUCUAUUACCGACUUCCCUUACUUCUGCUACCGCAGGUGCGGUGGCGACAGCUGCUUCCCCCACGCCUACUUAUUCCCAAUCUUGUUCCUUUGAGAAGAUGAUGCUUGCACAUCGCUUCUAUAAGCAGCUUUAUCCUCGUAUUAUUCGUGACAUCCGCCGAAUCAAUGACAAUUGGAACCAUGGUCGUUUUCGGCUCACCCGGAUUAGGUGUCACAGCGACACCUCCAAAGGUGUCUAUUGCUUGCAAUACGACUCAGAAAAGAUUGUCUCAGGGCUACGGGAUGACACCAUCAAGGUGUGGCGCCGUGUGGGCCCUGCAUCGGCCAACUCUGUUUUCGCCGCCUGUGCAGCUGGUGAUAUUCCCACUAUCGCCUCCGCAUCGGCAGAGGUGGCAACAGCUGCAGGUGGACACGCCGAGAGAGGGGAUGGCGGUGCUGCGGCAGGGAACGAAAGUGAGGCCGCUCAAUCGGAAUCUGACGGUUACCAAUGUACACAGGUGCUGCGAGGUCAUACCGGUUCUGUGCUCUGUCUGCAGUACGAGGGUAACCUGUUAAUCAGCGGUUCCAGUGACUCCAAAGUGCGCAUCUGGGACCUGUCUACGGGCGAGUGCCUUCACAUCCUUGAUAAGCACUACGAGGCAGUGUUACACCUACGCUUCCGAAAUAAUGUUCUUGUCACAUGUUCGAAGGACCGUAAUAUCGCGGUUUGGGACAUGGAUGCGCUUCCGAAGGAGAUCCACCUGCGUGUCAUCCUCUCCGGUCAUCGCGCAGCCGUUAACGUGGUAGAUUUUGACGAGCGUUACAUUGUGUCGGCUAGUGGUGAUCGUACGAUCAAGGUAUGGCAUACAGACACAUCAACAACAAAUCCUGUUCGCACGCUCUCUGGUCACCGUCGCGGCAUCGCUUGCCUGCAGUACCGUGCGCCUUAUGUCGUAUCGGGCUCCUCCGACUUCACCAUCCGCAUAUGGGCCAUCGAGACUGGUGUUUGCUUCCGCGUUCUUGAGGGUCACGACGAACUCGUGCGUUGCAUCCGAUUUGACAACAAACGUAUUGUCUCUGGAGCCUAUGAUGGCAAAAUUAAGAUUUGGGACUUCAAGGCGGCGCUGAAUCCUCGAUCUCGAACGAAUCAGUUGUGUAUCAAGACCCUGCACGAGCACACUGGUCGCGUGUUUCGUCUCCAGUUUGAUGAUUUCCAAAUUGUCUCCUCAUCUCACGAUGACUCCAUCCUCAUUUGGGACUUUACCCACGUGGAUCCCGGCUCAGCAAACAAUCAAGAUGACGAAACUGGGAUGGGGGAGAAUGAUGACGGUUUCUUCAAUGAGGAGGCGGUUGCUGCGGCUGCCGGAGCGAUCCCAAACCUGUCCAAUUUGCGCCAAAUACGAAUCAUCCAACCGCGCUCACCUCAGGCAACCAACAGGCCUACAGCAAUUACUACUUUAACUGCUGCUGCCAUUGCUUCUGCGGGCACAUCUGCUGGUGAUGCUCUUGUUACUUCUCAGGCUGUCAAUCAAGAAGUACUCGCACCACCCUCCUCAUCCUCCGCCUCCUCCACCGUCACAGCCACAAAUCCUACUCUACCUCCCCACUCCUACUCCCCCGCUUCACGUCGUCAAAAUUGA